AUUGGUCUUCCCCACCAUCUCUCGUCUUGCUGCUGCGAGUGUGAUUGAAGAGGAAGAGGCGAGAAGAGAAUGGUCAGGACAACGCUGUGGCACGGCACCUUGGCUCUCGUCCACGUCGCCGUGCUCCUCCCUCUGGCUGUUUACUGUGGAGUGCUCCUCCACCUCGUCUUUCCCUCGAGCGUCUGGGGCAGAAUCGGCUUCGAGUCGCUGUCAUGGCCUGUCCGUCGAGCCAGCAGCUGGGAAUGGAGAGAGACAAUAGCUGUCACCAUUGUCGCCCACCUCUUCAGGGCAGCAGCGCAUGCAGAGAAGAUCCCCAGCUUUCCGCCCGCAGAGCGCAUCAUCCCGGAUCUUUCCCGUUGGGCAUUUGGCGUCCGCCACCAGGGCUGGCAGCUCCAUACCGAAGUCGUCGUGCUCCCCUCUCUUCCGCUUGAAGGUCAAGUUGGGGCCACUUUGAGACCGCGAGAGAGCGCGGGCAAGCCGCCACUCGAGCGCGUGACGACUAGCGAGGCGCUACCCCUGUCUGCAAGACUUUCGUCAACGCUCCUGGGAGACGUGCGAGGGCUUGGAGUCGUGCGGCCCGAACCGAGCUCGGCCAUCUGGCUCUGGAAAACGCAGGCAGCGCAUGUCAAGCACGGCAAAAUUGUCGCGGUGAAGCCAGAUGCAAGGGAAGGUGGCCUAGGAUGCGGCCCUGCUCGCCAGGGCGAAAAAGUCAUACUCUACCUUGCCGGCUGCGGAUAUGCAAGCAAUGGACCGUUGCUUGGGCCCAUUGCCUGGACCACCACGAGACAGCUGGGACUGAGGACACUCGCAGUCAACUACCGCAAGGCUUCCUCGCCCAGCGGUGCAUUCCCCGCUGGUCUCCAAGACGCCCUUGCCGCCUACUGCUACCUCGUCGAUCGACUCGGCUUCGAGGGCAAAAACGUGAUCCUUCUCGGCGACAGUGCUGGUGCGGGUCUGUGCGUCUCACUGAUCCUGUACCUCAGCAUGCUCGCCCAUGCCGGGCAGCAAGGCUUGGGAAGGCCAGGUAAGGUGCUCCUCUUUUCGCCAUGGUGCGAUUUCACCGUCCCUCGCGAUAUUCUGGAGCAGAGUGGCAAGCUCGAUAUCAUAGAUUUUGAGGGCAUGCUCCUCGAGAGGCAAGCCUACCUGCAGCACCUCCCCAGCACGCUACCCGAGAACGAUCGACAGGGGUGGGCCAAGAGGGCCUCUGAUGAGACAAACGAGCUGGGUGCCUUUGCGCAUCAGCUGACAAAGACCAUCUCGAUUCUUGGCGCCUCGCACCCGCUCAUUAGCCCCGGCAUGCCCAAGUCGAUGAGCGCAUACACCGAACGCGCCCUGCAGCUGCUUCAGUCGGGCGAAGAUGAAGUCGGCUUCUUCAUCUGUGCCGGGGGUGUCGAUGUUCACGUCAACGAGGCUAGAAGCCUCGCCAACAAUCUGGCCGACCUCAAGGGCGUACAAGUCGAGUACCUCGAAGGCCAGGAUAAGAUCUCGUCGUUUCCAUUCGUCACCAGUAGUGUGGCCAAUGCUACCGUUGAUGAGAAAAUACACGCCUUCCUUGCCGUUUCAUAGCUGCGUCCCUUCAUCGAGUUUUUUCUCUCUCCUUUCGUCUCUCUGCAUCAUGUACUUGUUCACUAUAGAGUAAAUCGUCUG